AAGUAGGCGAUAAAAUUACUAUCACUCCUUAUGAAGUUGAGAAUGAUAGUGAAUUAUCUGAAACUGAAAAGGCAAAAUCAAAAGCAAAAGAGAUAAAAGAGUGCGAUAUUUGUCGAAAGAAUGAAAAUGAAAUGGCUAAGGAUUUAACGCAUGAUGGCAUUCCCUUUUUUAUUGAAACUAUAAAAGGAGGUAAAGUUGAUUGCUACGCCGGUCAUAAAGACCAAAAUGGUAAAAUAUUACAACAACAAAAUUGUUCCCAUUGUCAACCUUGGAAACAGCAUCAAAAUCCAAAGCAAGAAUUAGUUACAGCCCGCACCCUUUUUCAAAAGACUAACCAAACAAAAAUAACUAAGGAGGAUUUAGAAAAAAUGAUUAACCGUAAUUCUAAUUCCGCCUCAACUAAAAAUCCGAAAGGGACUAGCAAAGUAAAAACUCGUGGCGAAGUAAAAGGUAGCACCCGAAAAAUUUAUCGACAAAAAGGAACCGGUGGGGCACGUCACGGCCAUCGAUAUGCUCCCCAAUUUAAAGCCCUCCAAUCACUUUUAGGAGAAAGAAUGAGAAACAAAAAAUUAAUGGUAGUUGAUAAGUUAGAACUAGAUAAUUAUAAAACCAAAGAAGCUGAAAAAUUCCUUAACCUUUUACCAGCCAAACAAGCCAAAACUUUACUCAUUUUAGCCCACCAGGAAGAAAAUAAAGAAAAAAUAAUCCGUUCAUUUCGCAAUUUGCCUUACAUAAGUAUUAGUGAUAGUAAAUCAGUAAACGCUUAUCAAUUACCAAGGGAUGUUCUAACCCAAACUAUAUCAGGAACAAUAGCAGGAGUAUUGAGCGGAUUAAUUGUAGUUUUGGCUCAAAAACACCUAGAAGGAAGGAUAAAGAAAUUGGAAGAAAAAGAGAGAAGGAAAAAUGAGCAAGAACAGUAUAGUGGACUAAGCAAAACGCUUAUUACAUUUAAAAAAAUGCACAUCGAUAAUUCAAAACGACAUUCUUCAUUCACCGGUUGGCAUGAGAUAACGCCAAAUGGAGAGAAAAAAGAGGAAUACAAUGUUGCUUUCAGAAUAAUUAGAAAAUGA